GAGGAGAGAGGGAGACAGUCAGAGGCGAGGUGAGGGACCCAGAGAACAGAUACGCGCAAGAAGGCAAAGCGUUCAGGAUUGAACACUUAAAUCGCGGUGAUUUCUUUUUUUCUACAAGGACUGCAAAGGUGUAUUCCUGUCCUAACCCAGCGUCAUCACACUGUGAGGAAAGGUAAAAGUGAGGUUUUACGUUGCACUCCUCUCUCACCCGGCGCGUCUCGGUGUGCUGGAUGAGCGCAAAGUGUGAGCUUCAGGACCCGAGGAGAGGACAGAUCCGCUCCGUGUCCUCCUGUCCAGGAACUCCGCUGAAGCUUUUUACAUCUCAACUAUUCCAGUCUGACUCUCUGCUUCACAAGUCUGGAAGAAGUCUGGAAGAAGUCUGAAGCAUCCGCUGACGGAGAGAUCCGCAACCGACUGUGUGCUCAAUAUGUACCAGGGGCAUUUACAGGGGAAAGACUCUAGGGCUGCAGAUAAGACUGUUGCCAUGGUCCUGAAGGAGAUACCAAGUAAGGCGUCAUCAGAAGGGACGCCCCUCCUCACAGUGACUACCAAGCUGGUGAGUGAGCAACAAGAGAGCCGUCCGCUUUUAAGCCCAUCCAUCGACGAUUUCCUCUGCGAGACCAAGUGUGAUGGGCUUUCCCGCGCAGUGACUUCCAACACAGCUGUUCUGUCUUCAACACUGGACCUGCUGGAUCUCAGUGAACCCGGCGAGAGGAGGAGCAGCAAGGACAAAAGGAGCCCUCUGUCAUCCCGGGUCAACAGCCAGAAGAACAGCCUACGCAGAAAGAAGAAGGAGACGGACGAGACGGAGCUGAUCCAGGUGGAAGUUGAACAGACAGAAGAAAUCAUGAGGACCCCAGAGAGAGUGUCACUAGACUCAGUUAACAUUUGUACACCGUUGGAUAAAUGGGAAGAGCUGAAUCCUCACCCUGAGAGAAAUGGCAACAGGAAAUGGAAGAUGGAAAGGCGGCGUUCUUCAAAAAAUUCAUCCAAUGAAUUCCUAUGGUCCAUAGACUGUAAAACCCAAUUAGAGGCAUUGAACAAGAACUCCUUGGACGGAAACACCAAAGUGGAUCCAGAGUCUGCUCUAGCAUCUCAACUCAACAGGCAGUAUAUUAGUGGAAGACAUGCUCGCCUAACCAAGGAGCAGCGGUUGGGCAGCGCCCGCCUGUCCAGACAUCAGUCCCUGGAGGAGGAGUUUGAGCGAGCCAAGGCUGCUGUUGAGUCAGAUACCGAGUUCUGGGAUAAGAUGCAGGCCGAGUGGGAAGAGCUGGCUCGGAGGAACUGGCUGACGGAAAACGAGCAGGCGCAGAUUCCCUCCUCUGUCUCUCCACAUGAGAAGGGUUACUACUUCCACACAGAUAAUCCUUACAAAGACUUGCCUAACGCAUUUGAUGAGGGACAAAAGAAGUCUCGAGAGGGAGACUUGCAAAAUGCUGUGCUUAUGCUGGAAGGAGCCGUCCUGCAGGACCCUCAAGAUUCAGAGGCUUGGCAAGUGCUGGGUACCACGCAGGCAGAAAAUGAGAAUGAGCAAUCAGCCAUCGUCUCUCUCCAAAGGUGUUUGGAGCUCCACCCUAACAACCUCACAGCCCUCAUGGCUCUGGCAGUGAGCCUGACCAACACUGGUAUGCGCAACGAGGCCUGUGAGACUCUGCUCCGCUGGCUGCAGCACAGCCCGAAGUACAAGCACCUGCUGAAGUCCAAGACCCACCUGAUGGGAUCCCCUAACUCCCCACGCAAGGUGUCCACUGCCAACAACGUGGGAAAACACGAAAGCUCCCUACAAUCUGAGGCCAAAGAGCUCUUCCUGGAAGCAGUUCAGCAAAACUCUGAAAGCAUCGACCCAGAUUUGCAGACGGGCCUCGGGGUGCUCUACAACGUUAGCGGAGAGUUCAAGAAAGCUGUAGAUGCCUUCAACACAGCGCUGUCAGUGCGGCCUGAGGACUACUUGUUAUGGAACCGCCUGGGGGCCACGCUGGCAAACGGGGACCGGAGCGAGGAGGCGGUGGAGGCUUACACGAGGGCCCUAGAGCUGCAGCCGGGGUUUAUCAGGUCCCGCUACAACCUGGGCAUCAGCUGUAUUAACCUGGGGGCACAUCGAGAGGCGGCCAGAAACUUCCUGACGGCUUUGAGCCUUCAGAGGAAAAGUCGGAGUCGCCAGCAGUCCCACCAGGUGAUGUCUGGAAACAUCUGGGCUGCUCUGAGGAUAGCUUUAUCCAUGAUGGACCAGCCCGAACUCUUCCAGGCUGCGAAUAUUGGUGACCUGGAUCUUCUCAUGCGGGCCUUCAACCUUGACAUUUGAGGAAUGGGAAGUAGUGACAAUAGCAUCUCCUCCUUCACUUACUAGCCAGACGCCCAAAGUGCACACGUCAGAUAUUGGAUCUGUAUUAGUGAGCGUGGUUUUUAUGCACGUCGAAACUAAAUGCAGUCGUCAAAGUUGUCCAUUUUUUUGCCGAAGUUCUUCGAGAGCAGUUCUGCGGAGAGGUUCUUUCAAGAGCUUGAAGUGACUGCUUUGUGGUGGAUUUGCACUGCAAUUUGUGAUUUCCCUGAAGAGCACAGGGACGGGCAAAGAUUGUAAGAGCAAUGCCUUAGAGAACACAUCAAUUAAAACCGACUCAUCCAGUGGAACAGAGCUGAGCCAGGAGAGGCAGACAGACAUUUUGAGAAGCUCACACAGGAACCCUCACACGUGUUUGCAGAGAAAGGUGGAGGUUUUGAGAAAGAAAAAAAAAGGUUUUGUUAUCCAAUUACUUUCAAAGACUCAAGUCUGUCUCAGCCUACUGAAGUAUGGAUUUAGUGAGCAAGUGAUAAAGGCUGCACCGUCUGACCUGGAGCUACAAAUUCUGUUCCUGGCUUGUUUUCAUCCUCUUUCAAUGGAGAAUAAUGAUACUGCAUGAAUAAGCAUUUUCAUAAAUGGAUUCCUUGUUCAAAAUUAACAUACCUUUAGAAGUUUUCCCUUUGCAAUUUAGACUGAUUCCAGAUAACAACUUCCUCAACCCAAGUGAGGAUGUAAAGCCUUACUCAAAUGCAUGCGAACAACAAUAUUUAUUAUAUACUAUUUUUAUGGCAACACAAAAAGAGAAGCCAUUUUAGACUGGUUUUAAUUUCUUUAAAUAACUGCCAUCUUAUGCACUUGAAAGCUUUAUGAGCCAUUUAUUUUUGCGUGGUUGUAUUUUUUGUGUUUGAUUUGGCUCCUAGCUUCUCUUUGUUCCCUUUAAGCUGACUAGCUAGAGAAAUAUUAACAAACCCAGGGCAACAUUGGUCUGUAAAACCGCCCCUUUCAAAAAAUGUCAUAUGAACAAAUGUUUUUUACAGGUCUUAAAAUAUCUCUUUAAUCUUCUGGUAUUGCUUAAGUAGCCCUCACAUUUGAUUUAAUAAUACUGUACUAUGUAUAAUUAAAUUACAUGUAGUUGAUGUGAAGCUGCAAGCUAAGACCUUUGUAUGCUUUGGGUAUUUCAUAAAGCAGUCAUGUGUGUCUUCAUGUGCCUCCACAGGCAGUGAAGCCCAUACAUUGAAUUACAUUUGUCUGCCUCAGCCUUCAUGCAUGAUAUAAAUAUGUAUGUCAGCUUUGGCAGAAUGCCUCGCAUAUUUAAAAUGCUAUUUGUUUUACCAUCUGCAAACUUCAUUUCCCAUGAAAACAUUAAGUUAUCGUGCAUCCACACAGCACGUGAUUGUAUUGAGCCAGUUACUCUAGAUAAUUUCUCUGCACCAUCACAGAAGCAAAGCUUUUAAACAUGUUCGUUAUGGCUUCUCUAGCAUCACUGUUGCUAGUUUCAAAAGUCUGUGAGGUGAACGUCACAUUCCUUGCCGGGCAUCAGAGUAAAUGAUAGAUAAUUUGCUUUUCUGCAUAACUCAGCAUCUUGGUGUUUAACAGGCUUGUCAACAGUCUGGGCGUGCUAGAGAAAGGGUUUUAUUCUCAGAUCCUAUGCAAUAGGUCAUGUUUUAUGUUGCCAUUCUGUAUUGUCAUUGUGUUGCUGUCUGCCUCGAUGAACCAAAAGGAAGUGGCGAUUCUGUGCUUUUAAAGAACGCUAUCAGGGGAAACCAGAGACCGGCGAGCGAUUCAUCUUCCUAACUGUACAGCUUUGAUGUCAUGGUCUGUAUGAGAAACCGUGUUUCAUUAGGGAGCUUGUUCUUUUUCAAGAGACAAACAUGGUCAGUGAUUUAGAAAGAACCGAAACACACAAACAGCAUCGACCCAAAAUGAAGCCGUCAUGUUUUAUAACUCUGCGGUGUACCGACAUGACCUUGCACCCGUCAACUCACUGACGUACAUCAAGCUUUGCUAUCUGAUGUUUUAUUACGCAAGCGAAAGGAUAUUUGUCUUUGAAGCUCACCUUAGAUCUGCUUUAAGGAGAAAACUCUUUAAGUGCAAUAAUGACAUUUAUGUGUUAUGCGCUCAUUCAUUGAAACAGAUUAUUUGCUGCCAUCAGAUUCUUAAAAGAAACGUUGGCAGUGAAUCUCUGUGGCCGACCACAUGAUGUUUAAUAGAUCAAGGAGGCAGAGCAGCCCAGUGAGACACAGCACAUAUGUGCAUGCCACUAACAAUCUGCAUCGAGGGGGGGGGGCUGCACAAUGGACAGGGAAAUGAGGCCAAAGCAGAAGGGCUCGCCCAAAUGUAUUCAAUUAUGAUCAAAUAAUUGGCAGUGUAUGUUUUUUACAUGGGUAAUAUAUGGGAGUCCACCAGUGCUAUCCUAUUGAAUAUUUCCUUUUCAUUAAAUUACUUAAAUUAUUUUGGUACGCUAUCAGUAUGGCUUUCUAAAUGGAACUGUUGGUCUGUUCAGACUUAAAUGUCUGGUUUGAUGGAUUGCUGUGACAUUCAUGUUCGGCAGAGGAUGACUCCUUCUGACCUUUGUGAUCCCCUGACUUUAAAAAAAAAAUCAUUCAUCGACAUCAGUUCAAAUAUUUCAUGUAUCUAAUACUUUUGAUUUACUGUCACCUUUUACAUUCAUGACCAAUUAUCUGCCAAACUUCAAACAGUCUCAUUAGCCUCAGCUGCGCUUUCUGAUUACAGCUAAAUAGCAACUGUGCAUACCCAAAAACUAAGAUAGUGGCUUUGAUAUGAAGUAUGAAUGCCAACCAUACGCAUGAUAGCUUUUACAUUGUGAGCAGUCUUGCAUCUAUUUUAAAUCUACAUUAAAGUGGACCUAUCAUGCUAUAUUUGAAUAAUAUAUUGUAGGGCCAUACCUAUAUAAAACAUGUCUGUGAAGUUUUUUAUUCAAAAUACCAAACAGAUCAUGCAUUUUAGCCAUGCCUCAUUUCGCUCUAUUUGCUGUAUUCCAGCACUGUUUUUGCAAGGGCUGAUUCUGUGGCAAAUGAGCUGCAGCUGACCACGCCACCCUGCAAAGGAGGGGGGCGAGGCAC